GGAUCUUGAAGGGGCACACAUGGCCGACGACGAGACCGACCUGCUCUUUAACGUCGCCCUCGAGAAGGGCGAGAAGGGCUUUGGCAUCUACUUUAUCGGCAACGUGGCCGGGCGUGUCAUUGUCGAAGGUUUCGUGCCCAAUGCGGACGGCGGCAGCGGCCUGGCCGAGCUCCUCGGCUGCAUCGAGGCCAACGAUGUGCUCGAACGCAUCAAUGGUGAAGACAUCACGACGCUGCCAAUGACUGCUGUUGUUGACCGCCUCCGCAAUGCGCCGCUCGGACUCAACGGGCUCACCUUCCGGCGACGUGUGACCACCAGUAACAACGCAGCAGGCGACGACGAGGGCGCACCCAGCUCCCGGCCGCAACGACUCCUGGGUGCCCUCAAAGGCGUUUUGCUCGAGAAGGCGCCCGAGCCAAAGUCACCGCAAUGGUGGACCGAGUUCCACCGGCUCAAGGCCGCCAACAGCCUUCGCUGGGACGCAGCGAACGUCGCCGAGGCGGACUUUAUCGAAGCCUUGUACGGAGGCAGCGACGACCAGCAAAAGUCCUAUUUGCGCCAGGAGUACCCGACGCUACUGCAGCACCACCAAGACCGCUUCACAGUGUGGCCGCGACCGCUGCAAGUCUGUAGUGUGACGCCGUACAGCGGGCAAAGUGCGGCGACCACCAUAGCCCCGUCGCCAUGUCUCUCGACACUCGUCGACACGCUGCGCACGUCGCUGGGCUGGACGCGCCACGAGACAUCGGCCCUACUCAUGGCACUCCAAACCACUACCCACGUCCACUCGGCCGUCGACUACUUGUGCGCACGCCGCCACGUGCUCGAGCUGCCACCCUCGGUGGCCUACCCACGUGUUACCCGCGCGGUCUGGCGCACGCUAGACGAAGCCGCCGAGCGACUGCUCGCGCCUGAUGACAGAAGCUACAUUGCCUCACUGCCUCUCUAUUGCUCGUAACUUCGAGAAAUAGCAAGGUGGGUUACGUGUCCCA